AUGGAAAAAAAGUUUAAUGAGAAGUUUAACAAUUUAUUCUUAAACAAAAAUGCAAAUGCUGUAUUUUUAAAUAAAGUAAAAUACGAUGAAUUAAUUUUAAAAGUGAAUAAUGUGAAAACUAAAACCACAAAAAAGACUGCAGAUGAUUACCAAUUAAUUAAAAAAUACAAUGUUGUAAAUAUAUCAGGGAUUGAAAAGUUAGUAGUUCCAGUAUCCGAAGGUAAUUUAAUUAAGUAUUAUGUUUACAACGAACAAUUGUUUCAACUUCUUAAUGAAACACAUACAUCUGUGGGACAUGGAGGUAGAAACCGUAUGGAGUAUGAAUUGAACUUGAAAUAUAAAAAUAUAACAAGGGAGACUAUAAUGAUAUUUUUAAAUUGA